AGGGCUCAAGGGAUGCUAGCCAUCGAACUAAUAUGAGUGCCCUCUAACGCUUAUAGACAACCAAACUGUUUCUACGUGUUAUCGAGGAGUCUUUAAUUCUUCAAUAUCACAUUGAACGUGAAACCAGCCUCCUUGCUGGCACUACGACUAUCACUCCUACUGCUACCGGUACGACGAAGGUUUUUUCGCAUAAUAACCCACUGUCUCCACUACUGAACCUUCCGCUAUAUCUCAGAUUCUAGUUCGUUCACUGUUGCAGUGAAACUUGCCAGACUGCGCAGGCGUGAGGCUGGUUGGGCAAAUCUGAAAUGGCGCUUUCCCCCGUGUUUCAUCCCGAUCGGCCGAUCAGUGGAAACUGUAUACGAAUUACAGCAUGGAUUCUUCGCGCGUGGCUUGAACCACGCAUCCAUUUUGGAAUACCCUGAUUGUUUAUGGCUUCAGCCCCUUCCGAGAGUCUCAGACUCCUCCCGUUCUUCAGGUUUAGGUGCUGCCGAAAUGAAUGCAUGUCUGAUUUAUCUGGGUUUUGAAUUUCGAGAGUUCAAUAUCGACCCAGAGCAGAACUUGGCUGUGUACGUUUGUUGGGAACCUGGACCUGUUGGGCUACCUGAUAUAGAGGUUAUCAGACUGAGAAAAAUGUUUGAUAAUGCUCCACACCCGAUGGCCCGGUUCGAGACGCUUAGCACUCGCUCCAUACCUGACGGCCCAUGUGCAUAUCAAGUCAGCAUAUUCGGUGACUUUAUUGGCGUCAUGAUGCGGAACCUUCACGUUGCGAAUGGGGGCUUUUGGAUUUGGAACUGGAAAACAGGGAUAUGCCAAUGUGAAUUGUUAGAUCUUAGGAUAGAUUUCUUAUCACCACGACAUUUCAUCUUUUCCCGGAGCGAAGGAUCCGCUGCCUCGCUAGAAGUUUAUGCAUUUAGACCCUGCUAUUACGAAGGACUCCCAACCAGACCAUGCCUUCCAUCUCAGCAUGUCGCAACCUUCCAAUUGCCUCAGUUAUCCUCGUCGACUUAUCAUGGCCGCACUCUGUUGCGUUGCGAACCCAAUCCCGUUUUUGAAGCGCCAGAAUACGAGAUCUUAUCCCCACAGACAGACGGAUCCGUUCCAAAUGCAUCCUCUCCGUCCUCCAUUUCACCGGGUCCAGCCCCGAAUUCUCCCAAUCCGCCGAAACAAGCCUGGCCCACUAAUGGGCCAUUCGUCCGUCCUAGACAAGACGAUUUCAGAGUGGCUGUUGUCACACUUACUUUAGGCUCUGGGCGUUCCCCAGAUGAUUACAAAAUGUUUGUUGCUUUUUCCGAUAUCUAUCGCAUGACCAAACGGUUCGAGCAUGAUGCUUGGACGAGUAAGGAGACAUCAGAUGAUGAUUCCCGUGCCCACGCCCUUCCUGUCCAUGUCUCUUGGGAUGACUGGGGAUGCCGUUCUGCGCGCUUAUUGCAGAUCUCAACCGAGAGACUGUGGAUGUGCUGCAUUUUCAUGAACCGAUAUAUCUUUCGCACACUCGAGUACCAAACGUGGAUCAAAACAAAGGGGGGCGAAUUUCUAGCCUCUCGCUACCGUCUUCAGUUGCUAGAUUUUAACCCUUAUUCUGUCAGCGCUGGGUCCCUCGCUGGGAGGAGCGAAUUGCCGUGUCCAUGGGAUGGUUUGAGCGAGUUGGCUAUGCCAACUUUUUCCGAUAAACGAACCGGGAACGCAGACAUGAGUGGGCGUCCAGGUGAUGGUGAUGAGAGGCUCUCGGAAUCACAUUCCAGAUUUCGGGUCGGAUGUGGACUUCCGUACCGCCAUGUCACGAGUGGUAAAACAAUUCGAGAGCAGUUGUCGCCCAUGAUAGACGCAGAGAGGAUAUUACUCAUGGGUUAUUCUUCAUUACGUUCUGGCCACAGAGCUGGAAUAUGGAAGACACUAUUGAAGUCCUCAUCAUCUGAACUCCUGACGGGGGCCUUUCACGCCCUCGAUCCAUUGGUUUAG